CAGAGGCUGACAGAAGGACGGGGCCGUGCCGUGUUGGGUUUGUGGUGAGCUAGCUUCUGAAAGAUGCUGACCAAUAUCUCUAACGUGCUGAGGGCUUGCGCUCAGAGAAAUGGAGCUGCAGCGAUCGUGUCAGCACGCACAUAUGCUGACUUCACAACAGAGGCUAGCUUUGAAAUAAAGAAAUGUGACAUCCACAAACUGGAAGAGGGCCCAGCUACUCAGGUGGUUAUGACUCGUGAUGAGGGUCUGCAGUACUACCGCAUCAUGCAGACCAUGAGGCGUAUGGAGCUGAAAGCAGAUCAGCUGUACAAGCAGAAAAUCAUCAGAGGAUUCUGCCACUUGUAUGAUGGACAGGAGGCCUGUGCUGUUGGUAUCGAAGCAGGAAUUAAUUUAACAGACCACCUGAUCACUGCGUACCGCGCCCACGGCUACACUUACACCAGAGGAGGCACUGUGAAGGAGAUCAUGGCUGAGCUCACCGGCAGGAGAGGAGGUAUUGCAAAGGGCAAAGGAGGCUCUAUGCACAUGUACUGUAAAAACUUCUAUGGAGGAAAUGGAAUUGUCGGAGCUCAGGUCCCCCUCGGUGCUGGUGUGGCUCUGGCCUGCAAAUAUCUGGGCAACAACGAGCUGUGUGUCUGUCUCUAUGGUGACGGCGCUGCAAACCAGGGUCAGAUUUUUGAGACCUACAACAUGGCCGCACUUUGGAAGCUGCCUGCCAUCUUCAUCUGUGAGAACAACAGGUACGGCAUGGGCACGUCAGUGGAGCGAGCUGCAGCCAGCACAGACUACUACAAGAGAGGAGACUUCAUUCCUGGUCUCAGGGUGGAUGGGAUGGACGUUCUGUGUGUUCGGGAAGCGACCAAGUUUGCAGCUGACCACUGCCGAUCUGGAAAGGGUCCCAUUCUUAUGGAGCUGCAGACCUACCGCUAUCAUGGACACAGUAUGAGCGAUCCUGGUGUCAGCUACCGCACACGUGAGGAGAUCCAGGAGGUCCGCGGAAAGAGUGACCCCAUCUCCAUGCUGAAGGACCGCAUGCUCAGCAACAACAUGGCCAGCGUGGAGGAGCUCAAGGAUAUUGAUGUGGCUGUGAGGAAGGAAAUUGAAGACGCUGCUCAGUUUGCCACCACUGAUCCUGAACCCCCGCUGGAAGAGUUGUGCAACCACAUCUUUUACAACGAACCACCCCUGGAGGUGCGCGGCGUGAACCCGUGGUCCAAGCUGAAGUCUGUCAGCUAAAGUUUUCUCAUCGCAUCAUCCAACCAAUAAUGAAUUAGCCCCCCUGCCCCUCACAUAUACACACACAUCAAACAAUGUACCAUAAACUAGUGCCUCGGACCCAGAGCUCAAACCAUCAGCAAGUAAAUUAAUGUCAGUGCUGUUACAGUUUAACAGCAGGGACCAUAUUCACAAAGUUGUUCUGAGAAUAAAACUAACAAAUAUUGACAAGAACACUAAAUUUUAUCACCUUUAAGUCAUUUUAGUGUGCAAAACAACCUGAGGUGCAUUUCUUUGUCACAGUGUUACCACAUUCUCAUGAAUUUCUGUGCCAUAUUUAUUUAUAUAUUUUGUAAAAAAAAAAAUAUUGAUUAGCAAACUCAACACAUUGUAGAUCUUUCACUUUAUGUUGUAAUUAAACUCUCCUUACGACGGUAGAAAAUCUUGACCUCAUGUAUAAAAAGAAAUAUAAAUGAAUACCUGCGAUUAAAUAUUUUUUUAUUUUAAAGGGCAGCUCAAGAAAUAACUUAAUGAAUUUAAAGAAUAUCCGUUUCUCUUAACACAGUCACUAAAUCAGAAGGUUUUGUAAAUGUGGCCCCAAUUGAAUUUAUUUAGUAGAUUCUAAAUUUCUUGUUUGGUGAUUAUCUCUGGUCACUCUUGAGGUGCAAUUAAUCAAAUGUCCACCCAUCACUGUUCAUCUCAUAAAGAGACUGACCUGUAAAAAUGGAUUUGUACUCUUUAUACUGAAGUGUACGUGAUAAAUCAUCCAGUUUGAGGUAAAUAGUUCUUGCUUUUUUUUCUUUUUUUUACUGUAACCCCUUGUUACAAAGGCACCAUAAAAGGCAGCAGACUAAAGACUGUUGUUACUAUCAACAUUCUCAACACGUCUCCAUAUGUUUUUCUUUCAAUAUGCUGUAUGUAGGAGAGGGGGAAGAGUACCAAGGGAAAGGUUUGAAAUAUUUAUCUUGCCAAACCAAACAUGUGCCUGGCAUGUCCGAUGGUUCUUCAAAGGAUGAAUGUGUCGUUUCAUGUUUUUGUCGCACUCCGAGCUGAAACAGCUGAUUCUGUGCAUCCAAAAAGUCAGCUGGUUGAAGACGCGUUCACCGAGUGUGUUUACAUUCAUAACGUGUUUAUUUUGCAGAUACUAUGGUGCUCAGGUGCCUUGUUUGAGUUUCAACACAAACAUAAACAGCUAAUUUUCAUGUAUUUGGAGAAGCUCUUAUUCAGUUUCUGAUGUAUAUGUGUGUGUGUGUGUAAACAUUUACACUCAAUUAAAGCUGGAACAUCUCUUGCCUGCAACAAGGGUGAAUGUAAACACGAUGACUUUUAGUCAAUGCAUUCGUCAGCUACGCUUCACUGCUCACGUUAAGUAUCUAAAUCAAAGAGGGAUGUUGGGUUAAGUAUGGUUGGCUCGGUAGCUUUAUGUGCUACUUGUGUAUUGCGUAUGUCUUAGAAAGGGUUUUGUGGUAUAUCAUUGGCUCACGUAUACAGGAAGAUAUGGACAAUUUGAAUUUCACUCUGUUCUUUUCUUCUCAAGUACUGCUGUGAAAAAAACAUCUGUACUGACACCUCAGGUAACACAAUAAAAACAACCUACAUGUCAACAUGUAGUCAUAACAGCAAGCUGCCAUGUCAACUUUCAGUCAAACAGCAACAAUGCUUGUAACCCAUAAAGGGUAACAGAAGGGAAGUGUAUUUACUCUGUACCGUUAAAAAUGGUUUAAAUUAGAAGGCAGACUAAAAUUUAAAAUGUCAAUACCUGUGUUAAUACAACAGAAAAUGCCUAUGGUGUAUUUGUUGUGGUAAACUGUUACAUUGAGGGUGGCAGAUGACACGGAAACGCUCCAUGGAAACAUUGGUGUUAUGUGUGUGCCACUGUAAUAAAAAGACUGUAAGAUA